CGACUUCCCUCCCACUUGCACAAUAACCAUACAAAAACCUCGUGGGCUACGAAACCUCCAACCCUUUUCCUUUUCCUUUUCCUUUUUUCUUUGUCCUGUCCCAUAUUUCCAAAGUACGACGCUAAUUCCUAUAAAAUACAGACGCACAGAUUCACGGGGAGAAAUCAGAUCCAAUCCUAUAACCAAGAGAGCGAACAAGAACAAGAACAAGAUGAAGAUCACUGUAAUGACCGCAGACGAGCAGAUCAUUACCGUCGACGUCGAUCCUCACGAAACCGUUGAAAACGUGAAAGCGUUGCUUGAAGUGGAGAUAAGUGUGCCGCUUAAGCAACAACAGUUGCUGUAUAAUGGGAAGGAGAUGAGGAAUUUUGAGAAAUUGAGUGCAUUAGGUGUGAAAGAUGACGAUUUGGUGAUGAUGGUCUCCACUGCUGCAUCUACUCCGUCUACGAAUAAUUUGGGCUUCAAUCCAGAUGGAUCUGCUGUGAACCCUGGUGCUUUCCAGCAGCAUGUUCGAAGUGACUCAAACAUUAUGGCUCAAUUAUUUCAGAGUGAUCCUGAAUUAGCGCAAGUUGUUCUAGGGAACGAUCUCAAUAGAUUGCAAGAACUUUUACGAGAGCGUCAUCGCCAGAGAUCUAAAUUACGAAUUCAACAAGAAGAAGAGCUUGCCCUUCUUUAUGCAGAUCCUUUUGAUGUUGAAGCACAAAAGAAAAUUGAAGCUGCCAUUCUGCAGAAAGGAAUCGAUGAAAACUGGCAAGCUGCCCUUGAACAUAACCCUGAAGCUUUUGCGAGGGUGGUUAUGUUGUAUGUUGACAUGGAGGUUAAUGGUGUCCCAUUGAAGGCAUUUGUUGACAGUGGAGCCCAAUCAACAAUAAUAUCGAAAAGCUGUGCCGAGCGCUGUGGAUUGUUGAGGCUUUUAGAUCAACGUUAUAAGGGCAUUGCUCAUGGAGUUGGUCAAUCAGAGAUAUUGGGCCGUAUACAUGUUGCUCCAAUCAAGAUUGGCAAUAUAUUUUAUCCUUGCUCAUUCACGGUACUGGAUGCUCCCAAUAUGGAGUUCCUCUUCGGGCUGGAUAUGCUCCGCAAGCACCAGUGCAUUAUAGACUUAAAGGAGAAUCUUUUGAGAGUUGGAGGUGGAGAAGUUUCUGUACCAUUUUUGCAAGAAAAAGAUAUCCCAUCACGUUUUCUUGAUGAAGAAAGGUACUCCAAACAAGCAUCUAGCUCAGUAGCCCCGGGGACAUCAGGAACAACAGUUAGGAGCAAUAAUGUUGUCCCGGUAGGAGGUCAAUCUUCUGGCGGGUCUGGUGGUGAUGUGGCCCAGCAGGGAACUGUUUUUGAAGACAAAGUGGCAAAGCUUGUUGAGCUUGGGUUUGGAAGAGAUGCAGUCAUACAAGCCCUUAAAUUGUUUGAUGGUAAUGAAGAGCAGGCAGCAGGCUUUCUUUUUGGGGGCUGACGACAACCUUCAUUCAUUUUUAGACUUAAAUCUUUUCUUUUCUUCUUUUUUUUUUUUUUUUUUUUUCUUGCGGGUGAUAUUUGGUUUCAAUAAUUCAAUUUCUGAUUACAAAUUCAAAAGAUUCUGAACCGAUAAUCUUCUUCUAAGCUAGACGAGUGGUACAAUUCAAAAGGAGAAGUAGACUAAUUUGUGCUACUCUA